GCCAAACCUCGUCUCAAUUUUGUGAUAUCGCCCGAGGAGGAGGAGUAGGGACAGGAGCGAGAACUCGAAAAGAGGGAGAUCCGAUAUUAUCCUUGUGCAGCUGUCGUCAAAAUCCCAUCAGUUUUUCCAGUCCCGACUCGUCUCUCGGCACAAUUCGACGAAAGAUGUUUUUCACCGUCUCGAGUGUCGCAUUCCCGUGUUUUGAAAUACAGUGAAAGCAUGAGUAAUGAAAGUAAUCGUUAUUUAGUUGACUCUGGUAACUUGACUUUGACCAUCACGUCCGGGGAGGGCGAGAGUUGUGAACAGACGGGCGAGGACGAUGUGUGCCAGCAUUUAUACUUCUUGCACCAGCAAUCAGAGCACAUCAACGAAUUGAGAUCUCAGUUGAGUGCGAUGAUGGCCGAAAGGGAUCUUUUGUUGUGUGAAGUGAGCCGUUUGAAGUUCGAGUUGGAAAUCGCCAAUUUAAAACGAAUCAACGACGACAGACCUGAAAGUUCAAAAAGUGAUCCUGCAAAAAGCAACCAUGAAAGAGGGAUAAAUGGCAGUUGCAACGGGGACAAAGAAAACGAUGAACCUACAUUUAAAGGAGAAUGUAGCCCCUCGAGUUCGUACUCUGCUCACACCUGGUCACAGGGCAUAAACAAAAAAGGUUCAUUCCGGAAUAACAAUGAUGCAUUACAGCGAUCUCGAGUUCAACACGUGUAUGAAUUAUCGCAAGAUCUCCUCGACAAACAGAUUGAAAUGUUAGAAAGGAAAUACGGUGGUGAUAAAGCGAGGAAUGCAGCUUUGAUUAUUCAAAGAGCGUUUAGACAUUACACUCUAGUCAAAAAAUUUGCAACUAUAACAGCUAUGGCUAAAGCUGAAAAAAGAUUUAGCAGGAGGCUCGUUGGAUUUCAAGAAGAAGGAAAUGAUACUCGGUUUUUAGACUGUACGUCUGUGAAUAAUCUUAAACAGAAUACAAAUUUACCAUUACGAUCGUUGUCGAUGAGAGAGAAGCGUAACAUUAAUAAUACAACACCUUCAUUACCGAGAAGUUAUUCUGGUCGGUGCGAGUUGGCUUGCUAUUCAAAUUCCACAUUACCAGAAUAUUACGCACCUGGAGAAACAUCUGUUGAAAUGAAACAGGAUGACCAAAACGGUGUUAAUAAAGGGGCUAGAAAUAUGAGAAUUCCUCCUGAAGUGCCAAAAAGAACAUCGUCAAUUUCUGUCCGUUCUCUGGAAAACCCAAGUGGAAUAAAUCUGAACAAAAACUCGGACAGCGGAAGUAUUUCCAGUGUUCAGUCUUCUGGAAGCGAUUCCAGUGUAAUUCCUCCAGCGAACUCCAUUAAAAAUCCACAGGUGUCAGAGACAGUUAGAAAAAGACAAUACCGAGUCGGAUUGAAUCUUUUCAACAAAAAACCAGAACGUGGGAUAAGUUACCUUGUCAAAAGAGGAUUUCUGGACAAUUCCCCUCAGAGUGUUGCUCAUUUUCUCAUAACGAGGAAGGGCUUAAGUAAACAAAUGAUCGGGGAAUAUUUAGGAAAUCUUCAAGAACCUUUCAACGUAGCUACAUUAGAGCUUUUUGCUCAAGAAAUGGAUUUGUCUGGUAUGCAAGUCGACGUUGCGUUGAGGAAGUUCCAGACUUAUUUUCGAAUGCCAGGAGAAGCUCAAAAAGUAGAAAGAAUAAUUGAAGUGUUUAGUCAUAGAUAUUGCCAAUGUAACAGGGACAUGGUCGCCAGAUUGCGAAAUCUCGAUACAGUAUUCGUUCUGGCGUUUGCUAUCAUAAUGCUUAACACUGACCUACAUACACCCAACCUAAAGGCGGACAGAAGAAUGACGUUAGAAGACUUUAUAAAAAAUUUAAGAGGUGUAGACGACUGUUGUGAUAUAGAUCGUAACAUGUUAAUUGGUAUUUAUGAGAGAGUAAAGGCGAAUGAGUUUAAGACUGGUUCUGAUCAUGUGACACAAGUUUUAAAAGUUCAAUCGACAAUCGUUGGGAAAAAACCGAAUUUGGCAUUACCCCAUCGUCGGCUUGUUUGUUACUGUCGGCUGUAUGAAGUUCAUGAUAUGUAUAAAAAAGAGCGACCUGGAGUUCAUCAAAGGGAAGUUUUCCUUUUUAACGAUCUUCUUGUAAUAACGAAAAUCCUAAGCAAGAAGAAGAGCUCGGUAACGUACACUUUCCGACAAAGUUAUUCGCUCUCUGGUCUAACAGUUUCACUGUUUGAAGUGCCACAUUAUCCUUAUGGUAUACGCCUUUCACAGCGAGUGAACUCUCAAGUUCUAAUCACCUUCAACGCCAGAAAUGAUCACGAUCGCUGCAAAUUUGUCGAAGACAUCAGAGAGUCGAUCAGCGAAAUGGAUGAAAUGGAAAAUUUAAGAAUUGAAGCAGAAUUGGAAAAACAAAAAAGCAAUAGGAACGGGAGGACUGUUGGUGGUAGCUGCAAUGAGAACCGAGACAGUGGGGUCGCCGAUGUCGAAGUUUGCCCUUGUAUUCAUAGCGAAUCGCCGAUGCAUUUCAACGAAUCUCAUUCCAACGCUAAUUUAAAACGAUCUGCCCUUAGUAACUCGCUUCUCGACAUACACGACCAAGCUCAGUGCAGUUCUUCCCAAUUUGCCGAACCUCAGCAGAUUUAUUCUACCUCCCUCGACCAAUCCGAUUCACUGUGAUAACAUUCGAGCCCUGAAAAAUUUCCCCGUAAGAAAGAGUGAGAUAUUGCCGUUGAAAUGUAUUGUUAUGUAUUAUCAGCUAAAAGUUAUGCAAGAAAAAAAUGUAUAACAUGGGAAAUUUAGAUAAUUGUUUAAAUUAUUUUAGAUACUAUACAGUCCCUUGAUAUCUUGUCUUAUUUAGUAAUACUAAACCUAAAAUAUAAAAUAACCUUUUCAUAAAAAAUAUUAUAAAAUGUAAAAAAAAUUGUUAUUUAUUGCAUACUUAAUUUACAUUAUUUUAAACAAUGAAUUUGUGUACCAUUUUUAAAUAUUAGAGUAUAAAAGUUUUCUCAUUCCAGUUUAAGAGCUUAUAAUUCUUAAAUUUGGCUUGCAUUAAUUAAGCUUUCAUGGGCUUUUUGUUUUAAACGAAUGUACUAACAGGCAUCUUGUUGCAUACGACUACCUGAUACUACGAUCUGAUGAAUUUAAAAGAUCUUUUUUAGAACAAAUUUAGUUAAAAGAAAUUUAAAAUGAAAUUAUUUAACUAACUCUGCAUAAUUGAUACGCAUCUGGAAAGGUUCUAUAAUAAUUUCUUAAUGAUUGCGACAAUGUAGCCUAAACGUACCUGGAAAGAGGAACAAAUUUAUUAAAAGAAAAAUUCCGCAAAGGAAGCAUUAAAUGCGUAUCUAGUCAUUGUGAUUGUCACCUUAAUAACUUUUGAAUAUAUUUUUAUAACAACAGAUUUCUUGUUGUGAUCAAAUGUUGAAAAUAUCUUGAAAUGGGUUAAUUCUCUGAUUUUUUUAAAAAUAUAUUAUUUAUUUCAUAAUGCUAAAUUGUAAAGGUGUGUAUACAUUUGCGUAACAGGACGACCUUUUCAUUCCAAAUGUACAUAAUUUUAUAGAAAAAAAGAAGAAAAAACUGAAAAAACUUCAGCCCAGUCAUGUUCAGUGACGUUCGAUACCAGACGAUCCAAGUGUAUACCACCUUCAAUUAAUCCAUUUCUUAUAGGCUCAAAUGUAAAAAAACAAAACUGGUAUUUUAAUUUUGUGUUUGAGCUUUCAUUUAUUUUUUGUUCCUAACCCUAUAGUCUG